AUGGUUCAUACCUGUGUUGAUACAGUGUUGGAGGACUUGGAGUAUUUAGAGAAGGGAUUGUUUUUUGAUCGAGGAGAUUUGGUUGAGAAACUUAAAGUUGAAUUGAGAUUUCUGAGAACAUUUUUGUGGUGUAGUUCGGGGUGGAGAAACUGUAGUGAUGGUGGGUAUUUGAGGUCUCACUUGAUGAAUAUUGAGUGUGUACUGAGGAAGGCAGGGGAGGAUCUUUCUUUUGCUCGUGAUAGGGCGAUAUCUGGGAGCCUAAACGAGAAAUUAGACCAUGUAGUAGAUGAUUUACUUGAAAAGGUUGAAGCUUUCAAGGUGGAAAUUGGAGAAGAUUUUAUUGAUUGGGCAAAACAUUCCUUAGAACCAAACAAUGCCAUGAGUGGUGAAGUUCUGGUGGAAUUUUUUGAUUGUGUUCUGGUAAAUCUGAAGGAUCUGCUUAAGUUGGAAUGCAAUUUGAUUCUGUCUUUGAAGGAACAAAUCUCAGCCCUUGAAGUGAAGCUACGAUUCUUGAGAAACUUUGUCAUCUUCACGAAUAGGCAAUGCAGUGGGUAUGAGAAUAUCGGACUGUUUUUUACUUCUAUUGAAGAUGCUGCAAAUAAGGUAGCAGCUAUUACUUAUUUGUGCUGUCUCCAACGGACGGCUGAAAGUAAGGGAGAGGUAAAUGAAAUGCUUUCUGAUUUGCUGGUGAAGAUUAAGCCUAGUACGUUUGAUAUCAUAGAAAUGUUUGUUGGGAUCCUGAAAGCUUCUAAGAUCUCUCGAUCAGACAUUUAUGUGGUGGGUGAAGUUGUGGUAAAUUUUGUCAAUUUUCUCCUAGAAAUUCUUCGUCCUGCAAAUGAUCAAGUAGAACAACUUCGUGAAGGGUUGAUACUCAUAAUGGCAUUCCUCAUUGAUCCACCAGAAAAUUAUAAAUGGGAGGGAAAACAAAUUUCAAGUCAAACUGAAGCUGUAGUCAGUCAGGUAGCAUCUCUCUGCUCAUUGUAUGCUGACAAAACAGAAGGUCAGAUUCCUGUGGAGAAGGAUCAAUUGCUGUCUGAUAUGAUUGAAAAGAUUGCAGGGAUUAAGACAAAAGUCGGAGAGAUCUUUCCUGAAGUUUCAGGGCCGCCCUCAUCUUUUUUCCCCAGGGUUGAUAAACUGGGUAUUGUUGACUCUUUCUUGAGAAAUUUGAUGGGGCUACUGGAGAGCAGGGCAAAUUCAAUUGCUUUUCUGACGCAUCAAUAUGAAAAACUCCUUUCAGAUCUAGAAUUUUUGAGAUAUUUUCUCGUGGAUACAGCAAAGCAGCAAAAUGAGCUGGAGGAUCUAGUUUAUAUGUGGUCUUAUAUUGCCGGGGUGACAAAUGAGGUAGAAUUCGUUAUCGACUCAUUUCUGGUGGGAGAUUAUCCUGUAUGGUAUUAUAAAUUACGGCUCUCUGUAGCUGUAGAUGUGAUUGAACUUCUAAAGUCAAAGGUCAGAGCAUUUUGCGAGCAUCAUAAUCAUAAUCUUUAUCUCGAAAAGAGUAUGAGUUCUGAUCCUGUGUUAUCAGAAGUUAAUUCCCCAAAAAUAGAUGGAACUUUGGUGGGUUUUCUUGAUGAGGCUGAAACAAUAAGAGUUAAACUUACCAGAGGUGGAAUGCAGUUAGACAUUGUUGCGAUUGUCGGGAUGGCUGGCCUUGGGAAGACCACUUUGGCCAAGAGAUUGUACCAUGAACCUUCAGUUGCACGUCAUUUCCAUGUUCGUGCAUGGUGCUGGAUUUCUCAAGUUUAUGAAAAGAGAGAUUUGUUGCUCACCAUUUUGAAUCAGAUUAUUGAGCUUACUGACCAAAUCCGUGGCAUGAAGACUGAAGAUUUAGAUGAAGUGCUUUACAAAUCUUUGAAAAAGGAAAGGUUCUUCAUAGUCAUGGAUGACAUGUGGAGCACAGGGGCAUGGGAUGAUUUGAAAAGAUCAUUUCCAGAUGACAGAAAUGGUAGUAGAAUAAUGUUUACAACUCGACACCGUGAAGUGGCUUUAGAAGCCAAAUCUGACUGCGAUCCUCAUGCUCUUCGUUUUUUUUCUGAUGGAGAGAGUUGGGAGUUGUUGGAGAAGAGGGUAUUUCAGCAACAAAAAUGUCCCGAGGAGCUUGUAGAGUUAGGAAGGCAAAUUGCAACAGCUUGCAAAGGAUUGCCUCUAUCAAUUGUUCUAGUAGCUGGAAUUCUUGCCAGGACACAGAAGAGAAAAGAUUGGUGGAUGCAAGUUGUGGACAGUCUAAGUUCGAAGCUUGUUGGUGAGAUGGAACAAUGCAAGGACAUACUAGGUUUGAGUUUCAAGCAUUUACCAGAUCACUUGAAACCAUGCUUUCUCUAUUUCGGAGCACUUCCUCAGGGUGAAGAAAUUGCAAUUAGGAAGUUGAUAAGGUUAUGGGCUGCAGAAGGAUUGGUGUGCAACAAUGAUGUAGCUGAAGACUAUUUGAUGGAUCUGGUUAAUAGGAGCCUAGUCAUUGUUUCCAAAAGGAGGUCUAUGGAUCAUGGGGUCAAAACAUGCCAUGUUCAUGAUUUGCUUCAUGAUUAUUGUGUAGCAAGAGCUAAAGAAGAGUGUUUUUUGAUGCAUAUAUAUGAUGAUGAUGUUAGAGAACCGGACCUGUCUGACUUGAUAUGCCAAUUUGAAGGCCAUAUGGCACCUGAUAUUGUUGAGUAUGAUGUACGACGCCUGUCUGUCUUCUCUAUGUGGGAGCGCUUCAGAAAUCGUAUGCCAUCUGGUCCUCGUGUCCGCUCUCUCAUGUUCUUUUCUGCUAAUGUUACCAGUCAGUUCAAGUAUCAGUCAUCAUUCAGUUCCCAUAUUUCUCGUAUUUUUAACAACUUCAAGCAUCUUAAGGUCUUAGAUUUGGGGCGUAUCAAUGUUGGUGAUUCUUUUCCUGGUCAAGUAGAAAAGCUUGUCCUGUUGAGGUACUUGGCUCUCCGAGGGCGCAUAAAAUCAAUCCCAUCAUCAAUAGCCAACCUCUGGAAUCUUGAAACUUUGAUUGUGAAAGGAUUAAAAGGUGAAGUGACAUUACCAGAUACCAUUUUAGAAAUGGCAAGCUUGAGGCAUCUCCACAUAAAUAAUCGUGUUGUCUUUAGCUUGGAUGACUCUGAGCCUGGAGAUACCUCCCAAUCAAACCUGGAGACUUGUUCCACUCUGUCUCUUUCUCACGGGAUAUGUGCAGAAAUGAUAAUAAGAAGACUUGUGAACAUCAGAAAGCUGAAAAGCAUAUUCUUUGAAUCAUGGAAUGACCUUGCAAACUGCAAUCGCUUCCCAGUGCUCCACUGUUUGAGCCGACUUGAAUCCCUUAAGCUGCUGUACCAUGGUAGUAUUCUGUUCCCCUGUGAAAUGAGCUUGCCUUUGAGUCUUCGAAAGUUGACUUUGUCAAAGUUUCGGCUUCCCUGGGAUGAAAUGUCAACAAUAUUAAAACUACCCAACCUUGAGGUUCUGAAGUUGCUACAUCGGGCCUUUGAGGGGGAGCAUUGGGAUAUGGGAGAUGCGGAGUUUCUUAAGCUGAAAUUCUUGAAGUUAGAUACUCUGAAGCUUGUUCAGUGGAAUGCAUCAAGUGACAACUUUCCCUGCCUUGAGCAACUGGUACUGCAAAAGUGUAAACAACUUGAGGAGAUUCCGUCUAGUUUUGGAGAUAUCCCUACGCUGGAGAGGAUUGAAGUGCAGUGGUGCAGCAUUUCUGCUUCAAAAUCAGCCACGGAUAUUGAGGCAGAAGAGCCAGACAUCAAGGUCCUCAUCCAUCCUCCACUUGUGGAGUCCAGCUCUGAAUAGAGCAUAUGCACUUGUUUUCAUUCUAGUUAACAGUUUGUCUUUAAUGUCUUCUGUUUUAUCUCGUACUCUUAAGCUUAAUUGGGAUGCGAAAGUGAUAGAGGAUUUGAUGAACAAUUUUCCGUGUCAUCUUUUGACAUUCUUGUUCUAAUCCUGGUAAAAUUCAUUGAGCCUGUUCUAGAAUUUUGUCUCAACUGUAACUGA